AUGGGUGGACUGCUGUGCUACCCUGGAAUAUUGAGGAGGCUGGAAGGUUCUACUUGUAUCCUCUCAACUGAGGUUGACAGCUGUAAAAUUACUCCACACUAUUGUAAAAUCCAAGACUUUGAUGAGUCCUGGUACCAGCAGUUCCACAUUAUUGUGUGUGGCCUUGACUCUGUGGUGGCGCGGCGCUGGAUUAACAGCGUGCUGGUGUCUCUCCUGCAGUACACAGAUGGCGAGCUUGACCAGAGCAGCGUUAUCCCUCUCAUUGAUGGAGGCACAGAAGGCUUCAAAGGCAGCGCCCGCGUCGUGCUGCCCGGCAUGACGGCUUGCAUCGAGUGCACGCUUGAUCUCUUCCCUCCUCAAAUAACAUUCCCUAUGUGCACAAUAGCGCACACUCCGCGUCUGCCGGAGCACUGCAUAGAGUACGUGAAGGUGCUGCUGUGGCCUAAGGACAACCCCUUCGGGGGAGACGAGUGCGCUAUAGACGGCGACGACCCCCAGCACAUUUCAUGGAUUUACGAGCAGUCUUUGAAGCGCGCUGCUGAGUUCAAUAUCACGGGGGUGACGUACCGCCUGACGCAGGGCGUCAUCAAGCACAUCAUCCCGGCGGUGGCGUCCACGAACGCCGUGAUCGCCGCGGCGUGCGCCACAGAGUGCCUCAAGGUCGCCACGCAGGUCGCGCACCACAUGAACAACUACUGCGUCUUCAACGACGCUGACGGCAUCUACACCUAUACUUACGAACACGAGAAAAAGAGCACUUGCUUGGUAUGCAGCCAGGUGCCACAAGAGCUGUCCAUGGCUCCUACAGACUCCUUACAAAAUCUGAUUGACAAAUUGAAAGAUUCUCCGCAGUAUCAAGUAAGUGUUACCGCAUAUACAGAUAAUAUCUCUGUGAAAAAAAUUGAAUUGAAAGCGAAAAUAAAAAAAUCCAACUUGGGCCUGAGCGACGGAGUGCAGCUCGCAGUCGCCGACGUAACGUCGCCAAAUUCGAUCAUUUUUAACCUGCGACUCAGUCUCCCUAUGGACGUGUCAUCACCACUAUCUUAA